AGGGCCUAUUGCCUCUAUGCAUUUAGGGAGGCGUGCUCGAGUUUCAUCCAAGACUAAAGACUCCAAGAAAGUUUUUACACUGUAUCUUGAGAGAGAGGCUUUGCUAAACAACCGUAGUUACGAAUUAACUUGGAGGACUGAUGGCGGCAUCAGGAUUGCCAAACAAGAUGAAAUUGGGAAGUCACCUCAUGGAAGCUUUACGAAGGUAGAUAUCGUGGAGCUUAAGAUGAAAGUCUUGGACAUGUUCAAACUCCAAUGCAAGCUGAAGGAUAUUUAUUUUCCAUAUAUUCAGUGUGAUGAAGUUUCCAACACAGGGAAGACCAGUAGACCUAUUGAGUUUCAGGUCAAUGGUGUUGAUUUAGCAGAAAUUGAAGGUGGGGAGGUUGCCAUCACCAACUUGCAUUCCUGCAAUGGUCCAGAGUUUAUAUUUCAGCUUCAUUUGUCCUUCACACAAGAAAAUGGGGCUUCUCUAGAAGCUAAUGCACGCCUCCGAUGUGUUUAUUUUCCUAUUGUUGAGGGAAAAGAGAACAUUGAGAGAAUCUUGGAGAAGUUGGAAGCUGAAGGAUCUGGGACUACAGAAAGAUGUGAAAGCUUUAGUCGUGUCUCUAUCCGUCGGCUUGGUCGUCUACUUCUAGAUGCUCGCUGGGCAUCGCUUCCUUUUAUGGAAUGUAGGCAAAAAAAAGGAGAUAGGGCUCAGUUGCUGAAGCGAUGUUGCUCAAGAGUUAAAUGUUUCAUUGAAACUGAUGCUGGUUUCAAUCCUACGCCUUCUAAGACUGACUUAGCGCAUCACAAUCCUUUUACAAUCACACUGAAGAAUUUUGGCAGUAAGUCUCUUGAGAAACAAAAAGAUGUCACUCUUAAAAUUUAUCGAGGUGGGAAAAUGGUAACACCUUCGAAUCUGGAAAGGGAGUAUCAAGAUUGGAUCCUUCAGAUGCAUGAGUGUUAUGAUCAGGAAAUUGACUCAGGAGAGGAUCAGCCAGUUCUUGUAAUUGGUCCUGCCAAUAAAAAGUCAUUUGGCAUUUCUUCUGAUGUUGUAAGGGUGCACAGGAUAUUGAAGAGGAAGGGGAUAUUUUGGAAACAUGGCCAAAAAAUAAAAGUUCUAAAGGGUGCAUGUGCUGGAUUCCACAGGAACAAUUUCUAUGCCAUAUUAGAAUAUUUCUUGAUUGAAGGAUUUCAAGGCGAAGCUGGUGGGGAAGGUCGAGUUAUAUGCAGACAAAUGGGUAUCCCGGAUGAGGAGGGCUGCAUCCUUGAUGUCAAUAAUGAGAAUGCCAGUUUAGAUAUUCGUCGCUCUUUGUCCUUACCCAUAAGUGUUAUUGAUUCUGGAAAGUGUGUUGUUAUUGAUGCUGUGGAAUGGAAUACCCAACUUGAGAAGGAACAUCUAAAAUCUCCUUCCACUAUUGAACUGCUGUGUGCACACCGUUGUCGAGUUUUGAAGGUCAAUGGGGAGGCAUUACCAGUAGACCUUGAAGUUCCUGCUGGACAAGAUCCUCCGAGGGAAAUUGUGGCAGUUGUUCGUCCUGCUAGUUAUGUUGUUUCAAAAUCAGAUGUUUUGAAAGGCUUGGAUCAAAAGUAUAUCGUGAAGAGUAAUUUGGAGAUGAUUAUGGAAGUUAAAUUCAGAGGUGAAGGAGAAGGUGAAGAUCGUGAAGAUGUUGGUCACAUAUAUUUAGUUCGUGUGAAACCCUUAUGUCGUAAUGGUAUUGACGGAUUCUAUAUUUUUCCACUGAGAAACAAGUUGCCCAAACUAUUUCAACAAGCUGGUCUUUAUGUAUUUUCUUUCUCCAUUGAUGGGUCAAGUUGUCAGAAUUUUGUGAAAACGGUGCUGGUUAAGGCCUCUUCUAAGGUUGGUGGGUGGAAACUUUUGAGUGAGGAACAUAGUUUAGAAUAUAGUGUGAGCCUGGGAUCAUAUAUUCCACCUUUGUCUAUUUCUUGUUAUGACACCUAUGGAAAUCGAAUGCCAUUUACUUCUGUUCCAAAAUUGAUGGUGAAACUUGAUACAAAUGAGGGUGUGCUUGUCAAUGUAAACAAGAUGAAGGCAGCUCUUUCUUCUGACAAAUUGGUUUUGGAAGUUAAGGAGUUACUAAUUGAGACCAAUGAGUUGGAUAAAAUUAGACCAAGUUAUAGAGCCACUUUGGUGAUAUCUCCUCAAGAUGAGUUGGUUUCUGUUUGCAUUCCAUGUGAAGUUGCUCCUGGAUUUCUUCAGCGUGUCAUAGCCCAAGCAUCAACACCAGGAAAUUGCUUGGUUCCAGGUUUCUUGUUUAAGAAAUUCAUCUUAGAGAUGUUUGAUGCUUAUGGUAACCAUGUUAGAGAAGGCUUCAAAGUUGAGUUGAAUGCAAAUGGAUUUCAAUUCAAAGAUUGCUUAGGUCUAAAGAGGAAGGUGGACAAUAAAGGUUGCAUUGACCUUAGUGGAAUUUUGGAACUAACGACAGGUUAUGGAAAAAUUGCUUCUAUUUCUGUAUUAUUCAAAGAGGAAGUUAUUUUUGAGCAAGAAUUUCAAACUGAGAAGCGGGAAUUGAGAAUCGCAUCUGAGAUGCCCGAGUUUUGUAUUGCUGGUUCACAACUUGAUAAUAUAAUUUUUGAAAUUGUGAACUCUGAGGGCCAUGUUGACAAGACUAUUCACGACGAUGAAAGACUUGGCCAUUUCCAUACGCUUAAGAUCAAGUCAGACUCAUUUAAUGCUGAAGAUUCUCUUCGAUAUACUUUCAAGCAUGGACGCUGCACUGUUCCCUCUAUUUUCCUCCCAAAAAAUGAAGGCAGCUUUUGCUUGGUAGCUGCCCAUCCGAGGCACCAGGAGCUACAAUUGAGUGUCAAGAUUCCUAUUUUGAGAGGCCCAAAAGUGGAGUAUGAAAAUUCGAAGUCGCCAGUAUCAGAGGCAAAGUCUUUGGCCAUCCAAGAUUCUCUUGAUCAUGCAGGAAACCUUACACCAUCCAUUGUGAGAACUCCAAAGGGAUUUGAUGAUAUUUACAGAUAUGGUUUACAAAUUGCGGACUGCGAAAAGGAACUGUCAAAUCUCAAUAAUCAGAGGGCUGAACUUGACCAAAUCAUCUCUUUCUUUCGAGGUGAUCUGGAAUAUAUGGUAACUAGUCCAGCCAUGGAGCCGUAUCUGGUAACUAGUCCAGCCAACCAGUCCGCCAAAGAGGAUAUGAUAAGACAGAUUGAAAGUAGGUGCCAUUCUGCUGCGGCUGUUGUGUGUUCUCUUUCUAGAGAAUCUUCAGUAUUGGAUCCACAACAUCAUUUCAUGGGGGAUAUGGUUGGCCUCGUUGCAUUGCUUGGGACAGUGUCCUCCGAUAAGAUUAGCAGAGUACUGGCAGAGUACUUGGGAGAAUAUCAAAUGCUUGCUGUGGUUUGCAAAACCUAUGAGAGUGCAGAUGCCCUUGAGAAGUACAGGCAGAAUGGAGAAGUAGAUUGCAAGCUUGCUCUUCAUGGCAAAGCUGCUUCACUUGGGAAAACCAUUGAUGGAAGAUUUCUAGUUAUAUGUCUCGAGGAUAUAAGGCCAUACACUGGUGAUUUGCAAAAGCUGGAUCUGCAGAGGCGGCUUGUACUGCCAAAUCCUAUGUUACCGGAUGGAAAUAUUCCGUGUGGCUUUAUAGGCUAUGCAGUUAAUAUGGUAGACCUGAAUGUCCCUCAUUUAUGGACAAUGACAUCUGCAGGUCAUGGUCUUCGAGAGACAUUGUUCUAUCAUCUUUUUGGCGAGCUUCAAGUUUACGAAACAAGGGAACACAUGAAAGAAGCCCGUGCUUGCAUAGAGCAUGGUGCUGUAUCUCUUGAUGGUGGCAUAUUGAGAGAGAAAGGAUUUCUGUCUCUUGGAUAUGGGAAUCCUGGUAUUUGCUUUCCAGUUGUCGCAACGGGUAAUGAGGAGCAUUGCCUUCCUGAAAGCGUGGUAAACAUGAUGAACCAAAUGGAGGAAAAAAGGCAAGAGCUGAGAGAGACAAUAAAAUCAAUCAGCAUUAAAACAAGACAAUAUGAUAAAGUCAUGAAGAAGUUCAAGAAGAGAUAUAGGAAGCAAACUGAAUUAUUUGAUCGUUUGCAAAGCUACCAAUCCAACAUGGAGAACAGAUUGGAAGCAGCCUCCACUCAAUACUCUGGUUUCUCCCCCCACUUCUGAUUUUUUUUUUUUUUUGUGCAUAAUCUUUUGUCAAGUUUGUAGAAGGUCAGAAUUACUGCUUAUCUCCCUCCACUUGUUAAGAACUGUAAGUUAGAAUCUCAUUGGAGUUGGGAUGGAUAUCAUGUAAAACUGUUGAUCAUCUAAAUUUUUAGUGGAAGUGUUGUGCG